CCUUUGUAGUGUAUUGGGGUGGGGAAGUAAGUUAUAUUUGAAAUGAACCUUCUAGCGUAUCUGUAUCAUAACUUAUGUCGAGCAUCUCGUAAGGGUGCCAAGGACAUGGGUGGAUGCUUGAUGUUGUUACAGAUAUGGUCAUGGGAGCACAUUCAUAUAGGGAGGCCCAUUAUUCGGACGGUUCGACCGGAUGGGCAACAUGAUCAGGAAGAUGACGCGGAUGAUUUUGAACCGAUAUUAGGGUCACAGCAUCGGCGCGGGAUGGAUCCUUUGGCAGUAAGCUGGCUUCGCAUAUAUCUUUCGAGAUCCCACUCCCCACAUACUCUCGUCUACUACAGGGACGCACUAGAUCGACAACGGGACGAACAGAUGACAUGGCAGCCUUACACAGCGGCUAAGAUGGAAGCUCUACCGCACAUAUGUACAUCGGGCCACGAGAUUUGGAGAUCGCGUUGUCCUCUUAUUUGCUUUGACAUCGUCGAGCUACAUCUCCCGGAUUGUGUCAUGCGUCAAUUUGGUUUGGAGCAGGUAAUUCCGCAAGCCUGUGACACCCAACCUCAACUACAUGCGAUCGAUCGGAGGACUGGGGACAAGAACUACCUCGUACGACAUAGAUCGCAUGUAGAUGCGUGGAAUGACAGAGCAUCUAGAUUGGUUGGAGGAGAUAACUUCACAGGUCAUAGCUCUGCUAUGUACAUGAGUUGGUACAGGCGUAUCUCCAUAUUACGCCUAACGAACACCGCAUUUGCGCAGCCAGGAUCACAUUACCAUCCGACAUCUACGUUACUGGCUGAGCGCAUCCGAUCGGUGCUCAUACAAUGUAAUGACACGAUUCAAGGGGCCGCUACAUCGCCAGUUGACGUGGGGUAUCGACUAUGUUCUCAGACCUUAGGCUCCAUUAACGUGUCGUUGACCGAUGCAUUGAGUCAGGCGGGUUAUGAGUACCUCAUACUUACUCCCCCCGUCACUGGCGAGGUAGAUGACACAUUCCACACUCCUUCUCCAAGGAGUUCAGCCCAUCGAGGUAGCUCUUCCGGAAGAUCCAGUUCUCGGUCCACAAGAGGUCGCCAGCGCUCAUCUACUCGAGGUCGGUCUUCCAGAUCGCCAUCGACAUCCGCUAUUAUGUCGUCGUUCGUUCCCCCGGCUUCCAUCAACACUCCUCCUCCACAUCCAUCGCCUCCGCAAAGGAUUAUCACAUAUCAGCGUGCUAGUCAACGACGAGCUCCUGCUCUUAAUGUCAUUGCGGAGGUUGACGAGUUCACACCAUCAUCAUCUACCGAUUUUAUUUUAUUAGAUAAUAGAGUUAAUGAUAACAUUUAA